AAAUAAGCCAAACGGAGAGGAAGUCAGCGCUGGCCCUCUGUUAGUAUCCGGGCUCGCUGGCAGAAAACUCGGCCCACCAGCAUUGAGAGCCUGGCUUAUGGUGAUACCAAAGCUAAACACAGCACAUUACCACCUUCUAUGGAACAAAUCCCUCCAGUGAGACACAAAACACCUGGAGACCUGGGGACCGAUUUGACAAUGAAACUGUUUAGCAGUGGAUCUAGGAAUAAGGAUGGCGAAAACAAGGGCUCCAGAUUUUGGGGUCUCACUAGAGGACGCUCAUCUGUUCGCAAAACCUCGGCUCGAGCCAACCGACUCAGUCUGGCUCGUUCACUCGAUGAUCUUGAGACAGCGGCAUCAGAUGGUGAGCGAGGUGGUAUGGAGCGGCAUGGCUUUGGAAGCAUUAACAGUUUGGAAAGUAACAACAGCCUGCCCAGUGUCACCAACCAUCACACUCUCUCAGAACGCCGUGUAGCAGCAUGGGCUGUCUCCUUUGAGCGUUUGCUCCAGGACCCUGUUGGUGUGCGAUACUUCUCUGAGUUUCUGAAAAAGGAGUUUAGCGAAGAAAACAUUUUAUUCUGGCAGGCCUGUGAAUUCUUCAGCCAGGUUCCUGAACAUGACAAAAAACAGCUUUCCCAGAAGGCCAGAGAGAUCUACAAUAGUUUCCUCUCCAGUAAGGCUACUACCCCAGUGAACAUUGACAGCCAGGCGCAACUUGCAGAUGAUGUCCUCACGGCACCAAGGACUGAUAUGUUCAAGCAGCCACAGCUACAGAUUUUUAACCUGAUGAAGUUUGACAGUUACGCACGGUUUCUGAAGUCCUCACUGUAUCAGGAGUGCAUGCUGGCUGAAGUGGAAGGUCGACCUCUCCCUGACCCUUACCAUGUGCCAUGUAGCCCCGCCCCCUCUAAACACAGCUUUAUCUCCGAUCAUGCCACUUUCUCCACACCAAAAAAGGACACCCGGAAGCCUAGGACAGGCAGGUCGAGCGAUGACCUAAGAGAUGACCCUGACAAGAGAAAUGGUAUUUUCUCCUGGUAUAGAAACAGGAGUUUUGGCAAAGGUCCAAAGAAAAGAGAAAUCACAGAUUUUAAUUAUAACAGUAAUCUGCGGAGGGAAUCUCAGGGGUCGUUGUCUUCUGGUGCCAGUCAGGACUUCAACACACCCAACUCCACUUUGAGAAAUGAGAGAAGUUCCACAUGGGAGAGGGACAAAUUAGGAGCGAGCAGGUCAUGCACUGUAGCUCUUCCCGAUGGCUCAAGCUGCUGUGUGUGUCUGAAGCAGGGUGCUACCAUCAGACAAGUAUUGCUGGAGCUUUGCCAGAAACAAAGCAUCAACAUGGCCGCUGUCGAUCUCUUCCUUGUCGGGGGAGAGAAGGUAUUUGAAUUGAAGCCUCUGGUUUUGGACCAAGACAGCAUGACUAUCAGUUCAAGAGACUUACGAAUGGAGAAACGUACUCUGUUCAGAUUGGACCUGGUGCCUAUUAACAGAUCCGUGGGCCUGAAAGCCAAGCCAACCAAACCCGUAGCCGAGGUGCUGCGGCCUGUGGUUGCCAAGUACGGCCUGCGCCUUAACGACCUGGUGGCUAGAAUAGCUGGAGAGACCGAGCCUCUUGAUUUAGGACUGCCCAUAUCGAACCUUGACGGCUUACGAGUUGUCCUAGAGCGAUCUGAUCUGAGUUCUUCCAAUGACAAAUCGAAGACACUUACCUCAAAAGCACAGGGACCAUCAUUGGCCAGUAGGGGGCAGUCAACACCGUUGUCGCAUCAUCAGGGCGAUCACAGACCGUUAGAGAACCCUGUGAAAAGGGAUGGAGGGGAGAAACCCCCAGGCACUGGGACAGCCCAAAAAAAGAAAGGCAACAAGUUGCAUCUGGACGAUGCUGAAGAGUUCUUUGAGCUGCUGAGUCGUGCUCAGAGCAGCCGUGCUGAUGAUCAGAGAGGCCUUCUGAGAAAAGAGGACCUGGUGCUCCCUGACUUUUUGCGUCUGAGGCCUGAGCCUAGCGCACCUCCAUCCUGUUCCACUCCCACUUCCCAAAAACACUCCAACCAGACCACAUGCAUCACCUCUAAUGGACACAACUCCAAAACUGGAGACCAGCCAUUUGCUUCACCUCUCUCCCCCAUCCUCCAUCCACAUGGCCCCCCAGGGCAUGAUGGAGAAGGACUGUGUGAUCUCACCUUGGUGGGUGAGGGAGACAUCAGCAGCCCCAACUCUACUCUACUACCCCCUGUGCCAACAUCCUCACCCCCUCACGAUGCCAACGUCACCCCUGCACCUCUGCUGCCUUCCGCCCACAGAAACCCCAGCUCAGUUGCAGUAGAUGACACAAAGACUGCGAUGAGCGGCCAGAAGGAAGAAACAGUAGAGCGAAAAGAUUCUCCAUCUUUUGAGCGAAGCACUGAUGUGGAAGCAGCUCCUCAGGACGAGAGCUUUGAAGGCUACGCAGCUGAGCUUCGUCAAUGCCAGAGCAAAAUGAGAAAUGGAACUUACUCCUCUAUCCAUCCUUCUCGUCCCCUCAGCAACGUCUCAAACAGCAGCCAAAAUAACACAACGCAAUACAAAGCUACAUUUGUGUGAAUGAUACUUUUUUAUUUUUUUUGUAGAAAUGUGCAUAGAGCACAAAUGGUGGAAAAAAAUAAAUUGUGUACAAAUAUUUUUUUUUUUUAUAAAAAACAAUAACUUAUUGAAUGACAAAUUGAAAGCUGUUUUACAAUUUAGAUAUGAAUCAAAUGAAAACUUCUUUGGAUAUAGGUACAGUAGGCUCAUUGAAGUUAUAACUACAACAAUUGAAUCUGCUUCAAAUGUUAAAGGCAAUAAAGGAAUGAAUACUUGCCAAAUAGUAAAUAAAAGUGAUAAUUUUUAACAA